AAAAAUUGGUAAUUGAUCCACAGAUGUUUUCAAAAAAUUUCAGUUUCAAACAUUUUUUCGGCGGAAUUUCAAUAUUUUUUUAGAAUCUUUUUUUUUAGUUGAUUAUUUUAACCUUUCAGUUCGGUUUGCCGUCUAAUUUGAAAUCAGUUUUAAGAAAAUUAUACAAAAUGCCAGCGUGGAAAAAGCGAUUUCGUCAAUGAUGAAUAAAGAAAGAGGGGCGAGUGUUGGCAAGCUUGUUGUCCGGAUCAUCUCUCUCUCUCCGACUCUAAUCUGAAUCGUGCCGUCUCGCUCUGACCGUCGUCUCUUGCCGUCUCGCUCGCGUCAGUGCCCGUGUUAAGAUUCUCAUGGGUAUUUCAACGAGAAGUUAACUUUUUACGAUUGGGAUCCAGGCGGAUUAUAAAAGGGGGCAGGCAUCAAGAUGGCGUCCGAACACCAGUAUUUUUACGAGGACGAGGUCUAUCGAAUCAAUAAAAAGGGCAACAUUGAAUUCGGUAUGGUGUUGGAAAAUUCCGAGCUGGUGAGCAGCGACGACAAUUCAGAUAACGAGGAAUGCGCUAAAAUAAAAAAAGGACACAUCAGAGUCACCUGGCAUCCGACCGGGGCGGAAGAAGUCGUCUCGGAAAGAAAGGUUGGAUUAGCUGAUCGAUCUCUGAUGCCUGGUGAUGUUGUACGGAGGAUGAUAAAAGGCAAGGAUACGCAGAGAGGCUAUUGUCGGCACAUAGAGGUUAUGGCUUCAAUCCAGAUAGUUGGAACAAGGCACAUUAUCAAUAAAAUCAACAGUAAAGAUCUCAAUCCAAUUGAGAUUCUUUCAAGAGAUCAGGCAGUGUGCUUGGAUUCGUGGGUUGGAGGUAUAAAAGUAGUGCAUACAAAAAUCCAUCUGAGGCUUCCUGAUAUGUCCAAGUGUGUCGUUACAGAUCCAGACACAGUAGGAUUUGAUAUAUUUGAUGAAAAGAAAGAUCCAGAUGUAGAUUUCCCUCACAGAGGCGAUUAUUACCCUGGGCAAGUCUUAUGGGGUCCUUUAAGCUUUCUGGAUGAAAUUGCUGAACGGGAAGAUCCUACACACACUAGAGAGCAGAUAAAGUUAAGAUCCAAGAACAAUAAAAUCAUUAAGGUUGUCAUUGAGGAUGUAGAAAUCGAAUCAGUAGCUGUCCACUGGCAGUGUAGGGCCUACUCGAAAGAUGGCGCUGGUUCUGAGAAAGAACAGCCACGACUCCUUAUCCAAGGCGAUGACAUCAAGAGGCUUAAACUGCUGAGUGUCUUUGAGCCUUGCACCCUCCAAGUCGGUGACAGGCAUACGUAUACUAUCAAACCGACAGAUCAGAUAUCGACGAAGGAUCAGUGGAGGAAAGAACAGAAAAGGCUCAUACUCAAACAUGAUUCAAACAAAUUCAAAGACACGCCUAAUAUACAGAAAAACUUGCACAAAGAUUCUCCGAGUAAAACAAAAAAAUUAACAAAUAAUAUUAACAAAUCUGAGAAUGACUGCAAUAAAUCAAAGUUACAAACAGAAAAUGGCCAUCUUGAAGUUGGAAUUAAUGAAUCUGUUACCAUCACUGAGGCUGGUGAAAAUAUAUCAACAGAAACUAAUUCUACUGAUUGGAAUACAGAAAGCUCUGAGGAAGAAUCAGAAUCUGCCAGCAAUACAAGUAGCAUUGGAAGCAUAAUCAGCAAUGGUGGUAAAAAGCAUCCGUCCCUUCCAGUUAGAACUCUUACAAAGGUUUUACAUAAAAAAAAGCUUCGAAGGACAGCCCAGAAGAAAACCAUGCCUAAUGUGAACAUUGAACCUGGUAACAAAGUGAUUGUUGAGACUAUCAGCACCUCGUCAACUGCAGAUGUUGUAUGGCAAGAUGGUUCAGUUGAAGUCGGAAUUCCAUCAACUGAACUUUAUCCAAUACAUCAUCUUGAUGAUCAGGAGUUUUUCCCUGGGGAUUUCGUCAUUGAGAAUAGGGAAGAGGCUUGCAUGAGAGUUUACGGAGUUGUGCAAACAGUGGACCACGCUGGAAGAACGGCUUCAGUUAAAUGGUUUAAGACCUACACCUCAACUGACAGUCCACAGCCAACUCUCUUGAUGGAAAAUGAAGUUAGCGUUUACGACUUGAAAGACCAUCCGGACUUCCAAUACCGCCCGGGAACAGUCGUGAUACGAGUAGCCAACUUCCAAGGCGAGGAUGAAGUUUGUACAGCCGGGCAGGUCCUUGACAAUUAUCCUGAGGGUAGAGUCAGGGUUUGGUGGGUCGAAGGUCACAUAUCUAUGUGCUGGCCUCAGGACUUGUAUAAAGUUGGUGAAUACGACUCGGAUGGAGGUGAACACUGGGAUGACGGCCCUAGCGAUGAUAAUUCCUGGCAGACAGAGAGUGAAGCUUCCAAUGAGGAAAACACGGACGAUACACAUAAUGAAAGCCUAAAGCCAAAACUAGCAGCAAACAUUGAGAAAGCUCGUAUUGCCAUGUCCCGUCUUGAAGAAAUUUUCACGCAAAACCCCUCAUUGCAAACAACAGAAGUGAUGAGAAAGCUUCUUGAAGUUUAUAAAGAUUGCAGGUAUCUCGAUAAAUUGAUGGGCACUAUGUUUUUCCAUGAAAGCCAUUUUGAAGGGCUCCUCGAGAGGGUGAGAGAGAAAGGUCGGACAAACCCAGCUCAAAGAGUGGCUGACCAAGUGAGCAGACUAUUUUCACAUAACGAAAUUUCUGGUGGGGAAGAUGUAAUCCUGACUGUAGAAGAAGUGAGAAAGUCUAAGUCAAAAGAAGAUUUUACCGUUGAAAAUAAAGGUGAUGAGAAGAUUGUAGAGGAUGUACCUGAGGAAAAGAGUAGACGGGAUUCUUCUGGUGAAUUUCUCACAGGUAGUCUAGCGUCUCUUGAAGCUAGGAUAUCUGCUUCUAGAUUAGUGUCUGGACCACCUGUGAGCAACGACACCAAUAACCAUCCUGUUUCAAACCAAAACGUUGCUGCUAAUGUUAAUGUCCAGAAUCAACCUGUCUGUUCUGUGAAUGUGUGCGUUAGGCUUUGUUCUUUGAUAUUGGCACAGCUUGUGAAAGCACAUGCCGAAGUUAUAAGAAGGUUUGGAGGGAAUACAGGGUCAAUGUCCGAAGCCAACAGUGUUUCUCCCAGUGGACCGCUUACGGAAAAAACUGAAACAUCUCCUGGAGCAAAUGGAUUUCCUGAGCUUAAAGAAAAUGGGGAUAUUGAUACUAAGGAUGGUUCUAAUCUUGUAAUUCCCAAUUCUCUUGCUGAGCUCAACAGUACGAUUGAAGUUAAUUCGAACGAGUGUAUUAUCAAGCCCAAUGAAAAAGGGGUGUUUACAAUAUUAGACACAGCACCAAAUAGCCACAAAUUCAAAUUGACCAUGUUUCAACCCACGGAUACAAAAUCGUUCUUCAGGCGGGUUCGAGGAGAAAUCAAACUCCUUAGAACAUCUCUUCCUUCAGGAAUUUGGAUAACCGGGUUUGAAGAUCGUAUGGAUUUGUUCUCUGUGAUGAUUCGAGGGCCAGAACGGACUCCAUAUGAGGAUGGCUUAUUUUUCUUUGAUUUCCAACUUUCAGCAGAUUAUCCAAAAACACCACCCCAUUGCCAUUAUAUAUCUUACUGCUCAGACAGGCUGAACCCGAACCUUUACGAGGACGGUAAAGUUUGUGUAAGUCUCCUUGGUACUUGGUCUGGUAAAGGGACCGAAGUAUGGACCUUGACCAGCAAUUUGCUUCAAAUUAUAGUUUCAAUUCAAGGCUUAAUUUUGGUGAGUGAACCUUACUUUAACGAGGCUGGCUAUGAAAAGCAGAAAGGAUCACAACAGGGCAAAGAAAAUUCAAGGAUGUACAACGAGAUGGUUGUUCUUAAACUUGUCCAAGCCAUGACGAAACUGAUAGUAAAUCCUCCCCCAGUCUUCAGAGAAGAGAUCAAUGCUCAUUUCAAUCAGCAUGCUGAAAAAUUGUGCCAGAGGUUGGAUUCCUGGCUAGACAUUUCUGAAAAAUAUAACAAUUCUCAUCCUUUAUCACCUACAACUCCAACAUCAUAUAAGGAUCUUUUAGCUGAAGUUGGAGAAGUGGCGGAUGGUAUCGCCUUGCCCGAGUUUCCAUUGAUUCCGGCUUCAAAGGGCUUUUGCUUAACACUACGAAAAACAUUGGUCACAUUCAGACAAGCUUUGGCGGACAAACGCAAUAUGAACAACGGUCUGCCUAGUUAGUACAAGCCAAUGCCCUGUGGGGUGAAAUUUCUUUUGUUCGGGUUUCGGCCCAACCAGGAGGUCGUGGAAAACGGAAAAUCCUUCAAAGGACACGGGCUGAAGUGCAGCUUCUCCCUCGACUUCCGCUGUCAUAAUAAAUUUUCCGUCUUAUUUA